CUCCCACUGUGCCCCGGGACUGGACGGGAGUUAGGCUGCGGAGGAAGGAGCGUUGUGUGUCUUGCGGACAAGAUUUCUCUUGUGGACUCGGCCGACGGACAGCCGGUAUUCUACUGGAAGUUGUCAUUUUAAGAACCCCAUUUUAAAAAUCCUAUAUUUAAAAAGUAAAGGUGUGCAUGCAGUCCAUUGUGUCUUCUCCAAGAUGAUGGCAUCUUAGAACGGCUGGGGAAACGGCCUUUAAAAUUAUGCCAUAAAGGGUUUGUAAUGGAUAGUGGUACAGUAAAUGAUUGGAGCAUAUAAAUAGCAGUUCUUUUUUUAUCUAAUAAAAUGGCUACGGGACUUAAAAAUGCUGGCACUGCUUUUGGAGGACCAACACCCUCCACUACCUUCCAAAGCACUCCGGUUGAUGAUGACGAUGAUGUUGUUUUCAUUGAGCCUGUACAAAUUGCACGUAAUACUGCAUCAGCUGAACAGAGAAAUGUUGGAUUUUCAUUAUCAAAAUGAAUUUCAUAGGAAUGAUUUAAAAUCACAUUCUUCCAACAAGGAUUUGGAUUCUUUUAAGGGGGCAAUAAGCGAAACGAUCAUCAUUGAUGAUGAGGAGGAUGUAGUAGUCAGUCAUGUGCUUGAGAAGCAUGCUUCUAGUUUUAGUGACCGGAGAACGAUGGAUUCUAGCAGACCUGUUAAUUUGGAUUUCCCUUCUUCCUCCAACUUCUCAAGAAACACUGUUAAUACUGGAAUGACAAGUGCUGGUAUUACUACAGAGCCAGAUUCAGAGAUUCAGAUUGCUAAUGUAACUACUUUAGAUUCAGGCAUAACUUCUGUGAAUGAUGGUCCGAUUCAGAAUGCCGAGGUGCGAGACAUGAAUCUGAUGAUAACCCAUGUGACAUCUCUGCAGAACCCUGGCUUAGCAGACAUGCCAAAUGGAAUGCAGUCAAGUAAUUUUGGGGUUCAUGUGCAGACAUAUCCCUCUCCUCAUGCUUCACAGAACAAGUCUGGCAUGGGACCAUAUAAUCCAGGUAGAAUUAAUGUCGGUGGUGAUGUUUUUCAAAAUGGAGAGUCUGCAUCACAUCACAAUCCUGAUUCCUGGAUAUCCCAGUCUGCUUCAUUUCCCAGGAACCUAAAGCAGACAGGAGUGGAUUCUCUUUCACCUGUAGCCUCACUUCCAAAACAGGUUUUUCAGCCACAGCAACAGCAGCAGCCGCCAUCAAAAGCUGUUAAAGUCACUUGUGCAAACUGUAAGAAGCCACUUCAGAAAGGACAGACAGCAUAUCAGAGAAAAGGAUCCACUCAUCUGUUUUGUUCAACAGUUUGCUUGUCAUCGUUUUCACAGAAACCAGCCCCAAAGAAGCUUUGCACUAUGUGUAAAAAGGAUAUUACAACAAUGAAAGGGACAAUUGUUGCCCAGGUUGAUUCAAGUGAGUCAUUUCAGGAGUUCUGUAGUACAUAUUGUUUAUCUGUCUAUGAAGAUAAACAGAAUGCUUCCAAGAACCAGAACAAAUCGAGAUGCACUAUUUGUGGCAAAUUAACGGAGAUUCGCCAUGAGGUUAGCUUUAAAAACAUGACACACAAGCUUUGUAGUGAUCACUGCUUCAACCGAUACAGGAUGGCUAAUGGCUUAGUCAUGAAUUGUUGUGAGCACUGCGGUGAAUACUUGCCGAGCAAAGGAGCCGGAAGUAAUAUACUUAUGGUCGAUGGCCAAUGGAAGAGGUUUUGCAGCCCAGCCUGCCUCAGUGAUUUUAAGAUGAAAAACAGCAAACUUACGAGUUGUACGGGAUGUAAAACACAGUGCAGGUCUUUCGAUAUGACCCAGUGCAUUGGAACUAAUGGGCACGUCGAACCAUACUGUUCUACAACUUGCAUGAACAAUCACAAGACUAAAUAUGCAAAACCUCCUAGUCAAAAUGCAGGCAUUAUUUGUCAUUUUUGUAAAAGAAACUCCUUACCUCAGUAUCAAGCCACAAUGCCUGAUGGGAAACUAUACAACUUCUGCAGCUCUGGUUGUGUAGCAAAAUUUCAGGCAAUCAGUAUGCAGACAACCACAAAUGGGCAGCACGUUAGCAGUGAUAUCCAGUUAAAAUGCAACUACUGUAAAAAUGUUUUUUCUUCUAAACCAGAAACACUGGAGUGGGAGAAUAAAGUCCAUCAGUUCUGCAGUACUAAUUGUUGUGGUGAUUACAAGAAACUUCAUUGUAUAGUAACGUACUGUGAAUACUGUCAGGAGGAGAAGACAUUACAUGAUACUAUGAAAUUUUCUGGAGUCAAAAAGCCAUUCUGUAGUGAAGGUUGCAAACUACUAUAUAAACAGGACUUUGCAAGAAGAUUGGGAUUAAAAUGCGUGACUUGCAACUAUUGUUUUCAGAUGUGUAAGAGGGGGGCUUGCAAAGAGUACGAUGGCAUUCUGAGAGAUUUCUGUGGAGAGGAAUGCGGUAAAAAGUUUCAGGAAUGGUAUUAUAAGGCUGCAAGAUGUGACUGCUGUAGAACUCAAGGAACCCUUAAUGAAAAAGUACAGUGGAGAGGCACAAUAAAAAACUUUUGUGAUCAGCAGUGCUUACUACGGUUUUACAACCAGCAAAAUGAACCUAACAUGUCAACUCAGAGGGGGCCUGAAAACAUGCAUUAUGAUCAGGGUUCUCAGACUGCACGGACAAAAAUUCAGGGAGCAAGCUUAUCUGCAUCUCCUGCUAUGUCAAAAGACAUGAAGAAUAAAGCUGUUCUGUGCAAACCACUGUCCAUGACAAAGGCAACUUACUGCAAGCCUCAUAUGCAGACAAAAACCUCCCAAACAGAGGAAGAUGUAAAUACUAAGUAUGUCCCAGUGCCUAUUCCUGUUCCUGUGUAUGUUCCAGUCCCUGUGCAUCUCUACAGUCAGAAUGUUCCGGCUCCCACUGUUAUCCCAGUUCCAAUCCCUGUUCCAAUUUUCCUGCCUGGCUCUUUAAAAGAUGCUGAAAAAAUAACUGAACAAAUAGAAGAAAUAAUAAGUAAAAGCCCCAUACAAAUUUCUGAAUCAGACCCGGUAAUGGUAACAGAACCUGUGAAAGAAGAGAAAGCAGAAGGACAAGAAAUUAAUCUUGCAAAGGAAGAAAAGGCAGAAGAAAAGGCAGGUGAAAGGGCAGAAGAGGAAGACUGUUGCAGUUCUGCAUUUCAGACUGCUCUGCCUGAUAUACCGUAUGACCCAGAUCUAGAUAUUGAACUUGAUUUCCCAAAAGCUGCAGAAGAACUUGAUACUGAAAACGAGUUUCUUUUACCACCUGUGUUUGGAGAAGAAUAUGAGGCGCAGCCUAAGCCAAGGUGCUUUAAAAAGGGAAAGAAAAGAAAGGUCAUUUCAGAUUACCAAACUUCUGAUGAUCGCUCUGAAAACUCAGAAUGUGGUUUCCCUUUUAAAUAUUCUUAUGGAAUAAAUGCUUGGAAGCACUGGUUAAAAACACAGAAGACAAGUAACGAUGAGUUGUCAACAGAACCAAGCUUCACAAAGUCUGUAAAAUUAAAAGAGGAACUCCUACAGCACAGUCCAAGUGAACUCAGUUGCUUAUUGGCAGGCUUUGUCAAUGAGAUUCGAAGGCCAAACUGUGAAAUCUAUGCACCUGACAGCAUCUACUACCUGUGUCUUGGGAUUCAAGAGUUCUUAUCCAGGAGCAAAAGAAAAGAUAAUGUAUUUUUUGACCCAGACUACCAUGCAUUUGGAGAAGAGUUAAACAAAAUCAUCAGAACUUGGCAGCCUAGUAUUCUUCCAGAUGGAUCUAUUUUUUCACGGGUUGAAGAAGAAUAUCUGUGGCAACUAAAUCAACUUGGAACCCAAUCUCCUAUGUCCCUUCUGUUUUCUCUAUUAUAUUUCAAUACAAAGUAUUUCAACCUAAAAACCGUAGAACAGCACUUGAGACUUUCAUUUGGCAAUGUUUUUAGACAAUGGAAAAGCAAUCCUCUAACUAAUGAGAGUAAAGCCUGUCUUCAGUACCAAGUGACAUCGCUUUGUGAAAGUGACAGUGAAGACAAAAUUGCCCCAGGAAAAAGAAAGCACGAGGAUGAAGAGCCAGUAUUUGAGCAACUUGAAAACACAGCUGAUCCUUCUCGGUGCCCUGUAAACAUUUUUGAUUACUAUCUCUCCAAAAGUCCACAGAAUUUGAAUCAGAGAAUGGAUGUCUUUUAUCUGAAACCUGAAAGUUCUGCCUCGACCGACUCCACUAUAUGGUACACCUCUUCUUCCCUGGAACGCAACAUAUUGGAAAAUAUGCUAAUACGGGUUCUACUGGUAAAGGAUAUUUAUGAUAAAAAAAGUUACGAACUGGAUGAAGAUACAGACUAAUUUCUGGGAAUUAAGCAGUCGCAGUAAAGAAAAAAAAAACAGCAUUAGAUAGAGAAGCUGCUAGAACUAAAAAAAUAAAUAAAUAAGAGUUAAACAUUUCAUGUUUACUCCCCAUGUAUUUUAUGAGUUUUGUAGCAGAGUGCCCAGUGUGGUUACACCCAUGUAAAUACGUGUGUGACAUUUUCCUUGUAGUGAAUUUUAGAACACAUAACACACACAAAUACACCUCUAUUUUUUUGUUAUUAUUUAUUUGAUUAGCAAUGUUUGUAAGUUUUUACAUUACAGAAUCUCAAUGAGAAUGUGCCAUGUGCUUUUCUUUUUUUCUUUUUUUUCUCCCUCCUCUCCUGAUAAACAGUUAUUCACAUUAUACAGUUUUACUGCUGAACAACUCCACAAAAAAAAAAAACAAUUGAGUGUGACUUGCACCGUUUCAACCUAGAAUAUGCCAUGUCGGCAUUGGUUUUUAAAAGUCUUCUUAUUAGUGGAUUGUUUCCAUUUUAGUUUGGGAAGCCCUGUAAGCUGAGAGACUAAGAGAGAUUCCAUCACCUGUACCAAAAAACAAGAGAAAGGGAAAUGCUGUUAACUGUGUACUGUACGGUGAAGCAAUCUAUACAUGUGAAAAUCUUUUAAUUUUUUCCCCCUAUUGAAUUUUUUUUUUUUUUUUUUAAAUUUGCCUCCCUCCCAUCUUAUUUUUCCCCACUCUGAUUAAAACAUUAUCAUGUC